GCAUGGCCCGGGCCGCCAGCCUGCUCACCUGGCUCCUGUGCGGGCACCUCCUGCAGCCGCGGCCGGGAGGACACGCGACCGGCGCCGCGCACCCGCGCCUCCGGCUGUCACAGAAAGAACUCUUGGACCUAAAUCGAACAUCAAUCUUUCACAGCCCUUUUGGGUUUCUUGAUCUCCAUGCAAUGCUGCUGGAUGAAUAUCAGGAGAGACUCUUUGUGGGAGGCAAGGAUCUUGUAUAUUCUCUCAGCUUGGAACAAAUCAGCAAUGGCUAUCGAGAGAUACGCUGGCCUAGUACAGCACUAAAAAUAGAAGAAUGUAUAAUGAAAGGAAAAGAUGCAAGUGAAUGUGCAAAUUUUGUCCGGGUUUUGCAUCACUAUAAUAGGACACACCUUCUGACCUGUGGUACUGGAGCUUUUGAUCCACUUUGUGCCUUCAUCAGGGUUGGAUACCAUUUGGAAGAUCCUCUGUUUCAUCUGGAAUUGCACAGGUCUGAAAGAGGAAGAGGCAGAUGUCCUUUUGAUCCCAGCUCCUCCUUCAUCUCUACCUUAAUUGGUAGUGAAUUGUUUGCUGGACUCUAUAGUGACUACUGGGGCCGAGAUGCUGCAAUCUUCCGGAGUAUGGGGCGACUGGCUCAUAUUCGCACCGAGCAUGAUGAUGAGCGCCUAUUGAAAGAACCAAAAUUUGUAGGUUCGUAUAUGAUUCCUGACAAUGAAGAUCGAGAUGACAACAAAGUGUAUUUCUUUUUUACGGAGAAGGCCCUGGAGGCAGAGAACAGCGCCCAUGCAAUUUACACCAGGGUGGGGCGGCUCUGUGUGAAUGAUGUGGGAGGACAGAGGAUACUGGUGAAUAAGUGGAGCACGUUCCUAAAAGCGAGACUGGUUUGCUCUGUACCAGGAAUGAAUGGAAUUGACACAUAUUUUGAUGAAUUAGAGGAUAUUUUCUUGCUGCACACAAGAGAUCAUAAGAACCCAGUUAUAUUUGGACUCUUUAACACUACCAGUAAUAUAUUUAGGGGGCAUGCAAUAUGUGUGUAUCAUAUGUCUAGCAUCCGGGCAGCCUUUAAUGGACCAUAUGCUCAUAAGGAAGGACCUGAAUACCACUGGUCGCUCUAUGAAGGAAGAGUACCUUAUCCAAGGCCUGGUUCUUGUGCCAGCAAAGUGAAUGGUGGGAGGUAUGGAACCACCAAAGACUAUCCUGAUGAUGCCAUCCGAUUUGCAAGAAGCCAUCCACUUAUGUACCAGCCCAUAAAACCUGCCCAUAAAAAACCGAUCCUGGUAAAAACAGAUGGAAGAUAUAACCUGAAACAAAUAGCAGUGGAUCGAGUGGAAGCUGAGGAUGGCCAAUAUGAUGUCUUGUUUAUUGGGACAGAUAAUGGAAUUGUGCUGAAAGUAAUCACAAUUUAUAACCAAGAAACAGAAUCAAUGGAAGAAGUAAUUCUAGAAGAACUCCAGAUAUUCAAGGACCCAGCUCCUAUUAUUUCUAUGGAGAUUUCUUCAAAGAGACAACAGCUGUAUAUUGGAUCUCCUUCUGCCGUGGCCCAAGUCAGAUUCCAUCAGUGUGACAUGUAUGGAAGUGCUUGUGCUGAUUGCUGCCUGGCUCGAGACCCUUACUGUGCCUGGGACGGCAUAUCCUGUUCCCGGUAUUACCCAACGGGCACCCAUGCAAAGAGACGGUUCCGCAGACAAGACGUUCGGCAUGGAAAUGCAGCUCAGCAGUGUUUUGGACAGCAGUUCGUCGGGGAUGCUUUGGAUAAGACUGAAGAGCGACUGGCCUACGGCAUAGAGAAUAACAGUACUUUGCUGGAAUGUACCCCGCGAUCUUUGCAAGCAAAAGUUAUCUGGUUUGUACAGAAAGGACGUGACACAAGAAAAGAGGAGGUGAAGACGGAUGACAGAGUGGUCAAGAUGGACCUCGGCCUACUCUUCCUCAGGGUUCGCACAGUGGACGCUGGGACCUACUUUUGCCAGACGGUGGAGCACGGUUUUGUCCACACCGUCCGGAGGAUUACCCUGGAGGUAGUGGAAGAGGAGAGAGUAGAGCAGAUGUUUCACAAAGACCCCGAGGAGGACGGGCCCCCCAGGAUGCCCUGCCCCGCGCCCGGCGGCCCGCAGGGGGCAAGACCUUGGUACAAGGAAUUCUUGCAGCUGAUCGGCUACAGCAACUUCCAGCGAGUGGAGGAAUACUGUGAGAAGGUGUGGUGCUCGGAGAGGAGGAGGAAGAAGCUCAAGAUGUCCCCUUCCAAGUGGAAGUAUGCCCACGGCCAGGACAGGCGGCUCCGGGCCAGGCCCGAGCACUACCGCGUGCCCCGGCACACGAGGGGCUCCCGCCGGGCCCCCGCCCCCGGCUCCUGAAGGCCCCGCGGACCCGCGGCCGGCAGG